UCAAGAAUGGAAGGACAUGCGCUCCACACUGAGUCCAGCGUUCACCAGCUCGAAGAUGCGUCUGAUGGUACCUUUCAUGGUAGAAGUCGGAGAGCAGAUGAUGCAGUCACUACAUCAAAGUAUAAAACAAUCCAAAGAUGGCUCCAUAGACAUAGAAUGCAAGGACUUAACGACCAGAUACGCCAACGAUGUGAUAGCGUCCUGCGCCUUCGGCUUGAAGGUGGACUCUCACAAUGAUAAGAACAACACCUUCUAUGCCCUGGGCAAGGAAACCUCCUCGUUCAACUUCCGACAGAUGAUGACCUUCUUCAUGCUCAUUAAUGCACCAGCUUUAGCUAAGUUACUAAAGUUGGAUUUCCUCUCCGAGUCCUCCAAGGAAGCAUUCAAGAAGCUAGUGCUUGGCACAAUGGAAAAUCGAGAGUUAAAGAAUAUCAUCAGACCCGACAUGAUCCAUUUGUUGAUGGAAGCUAAAAAAGGUAGAUUGACUCAUGAUGAAAUCAAAACCAAUGAUCUAGCAGCCGGAUUUGCGACCGUCGAGGAAUCAUCUGUAGGACAGAAAGAAAUCAAUAGAGUAUGGACUGACGAGGACCUCGUGGCGCAAGCAGUACUAUUCUUCAUAGCUGGUUUCGAGACAGUAUCAUCAGGAAUGUCCUUCCUUCUCUAUGAGCUGGCUUUGAACCCCGAUGUCCAGGAUCGGUUGGCGCAGGAGAUCAAGGAGAAUGACGCUAAGAACGGCGGCAAGUUCGACUUCAACUCCAUACAGAAUAUGGUCUAUAUGGAUAUGGUUGUGUCAGAACUUCUUCGACUUUGGCCACCUGGCGUUGCUCUCGACAGACUGUGCACUAAGGACUACAACUUGGGCAAACCGAACCCUAAAGCUGAGAAAGAUUUCAUUCUUCGCAAAGGCACCGGAGUCUGGAUUCCAGUGUACCCAAUCCACCGUGACCCUCAGUACUUCCCGAACCCUGACAAGUUCGAUCCAGAGCGCUUCUCAGAAGAAAACAAACACACGAUCAAUCCUGUUACGUAUAUGCCCUUCGGUGCCGGACCUAGGAACUGCAUUGGGUCCAGAUUUGCACUAUGUGAGAUGAAGGUAAUGGCCUACCAGAUCCUGCGUGAGAUGGAAGUGUCUCCUUGCACGAAGACCUGCAUACCAGCCAAGUUGUGCAAGAAUACUUUCAACCUGAGGCUCGAAGGGGGACACUGGUUGAAAUUCAGACCAAGGACUUAGAAGAAAAUAAAGAGCAUUUUAUUUAGUUUAAGCGAUAUUCGACUUUAUUACAAAGAGAUUUGUCUGCCCUUUGAGCAAUAGGUAAUUAUUGCCAAAAUAUUAUUUGUUGUUUGUGACACAAGUUGAUUAAGUAUUCAUAAUGUAAUUGUUAAUAACUAUAAAAUCAAAUUGGAAAUCUAUUUGUCAGCUGUUUAGUCUAGAUUCAUGUUCUGUAUCCUCAGUACGUAUUUGUUUUAUGUUCAACGAGAUCGAAACGAGAGUACGUUUCGCGCUGUUAUUGGUUGGUUUAUUCGUACUGCCCAAUCAGGGGCCGUAUUAUGAACUCUUAUUUCCAGUCAGUUUACGCCGUGAAUUGAAUUGCCUGGCUAAUUCGUAUUAUGAACACUACUGCCAGCCAGUCAGUGGUCACGUGACAACACAGACCGAUUUCUGCACGACUUUUGGCUGGCUGGCUGUCGUUUACGCGUAUUAUGAACUCUAUUUUGACGUUUCAAUUGCCAUGUUAAAUGUCAAAUUAUGACUUUAGAAACCAUUCAAUAAAAGCUUCUCACUUGCCGCUUAAA